CCCUGCUUCCUUUCACCCUGUCGGUACCCGUAGGUGGUUGUGGCCGCCGUGCCCAGAGGGAGGCAGCGGUGGCGGCGAAUGAUGCCUGGGAAACUCCUCUGGGGGGACAUUAUGGAGCUGGAGGCACCUUUGGAGGAGACCGAGAGCCAGAGGAAGGAGAGGCAAAAGAGUGAUAGAAGGAAGUCAAGGCACCAUUAUGACUCAGAUGAGAAAUCAGAAACAAGAGAAAAUGGUGUUGCAGAUGACCUGGAUGCUCCCAAACCCAAAAAAGCUAAAAUGAAAGAGAAACUAAAUGGUGACACUGAGGAAGGAUGUAAUAGACUUUCACAUGAAUUUUCUAAAUCUCAUAAGUCAAGAAGAAAAUAUCUGUCAAAUGGAGAUAUUGAUGAAUAUGAAAAAAAAUCAAAGCGAGUGUCAUCCUUAGAUAGUUCUACUCAUAAAUCAAGUGAUAAUAAACUAGAAGAGACCCUAACAUGUGAACGGAAAGAAGGAGCCUUCUCCAAUUUCCCUAUUUCUGAAGAGACUAUAAAGCUUCUGAAAGGUCGAGGGGUAACAUAUCUCUUUCCUAUUCAAGUUAAGACUUUUGGUCCUGUAUAUGAAGGAAAAGAUUUAAUUGCUCAAGCGCGGACAGGAACAGGAAAGACAUUCUCUUUUGCCAUCCCCUUGAUUGAAAGACUCCAAAGAAAUCAAGAGACAAUUAAAAAAAGCCGCUCACCAAAGGUACUUGUUUUGGCUCCUACAAGGGAACUGGCAAACCAAGUAGCCAAAGACUUCAAAGAUAUAACUAAGAAACUCAGUGUGGCGUGUUUUUAUGGUGGAACAUCAUAUCAAAGCCAAAUUAAUCAUAUUCGAAAUGGUAUUGACAUCUUAGUUGGGACCCCUGGUCGUAUCAAAGAUCAUCUGCAGAGCGGCCGAUUAGAUCUUUCUAAACUGCGCCACGUUGUGCUUGAUGAAGUGGAUCAAAUGUUAGAUUUAGGUUUUGCUGAACAAGUUGAAGAUAUUAUCCACGAAUCCUACAAAACUGAUUCUGAAGACAAUCCUCAGACUUUACUUUUUUCUGCAACUUGCCCACAGUGGGUAUACAAAGUUGCAAAAAAAUACAUGAAAUCCAGAUAUGAACAGGUUGACCUUGUUGGGAAAAUGACUCAAAAGGCUGCAACUACUGUGGAACAUCUGGCCAUCCAGUGCCAUUGGUCUCAGAGGCCAGCAGUUAUUGGAGAUGUCCUUCAAGUCUACAGUGGGUCUGAAGGGAGGGCUAUUAUCUUCUGUGAGACCAAAAAGAAUGUAACUGAAAUGGCCAUGAAUCCACACAUAAAACAGAAUGCCCAGUGUUUACAUGGUGAUAUUGCACAGUCACAAAGAGAAAUUACGCUGAAAGGCUUCAGAGAGGGUAGUUUUAAAGUUUUGGUGGCAACCAAUGUGGCUGCCCGUGGUUUGGACAUUCCUGAGGUUGACCUGGUGAUUCAGAGUUCACCUCCACAGGAUGUUGAGUCCUAUAUUCAUCGCUCUGGACGCACAGGUAGAGCUGGCCGGACAGGGAUUUGCAUAUGUUUUUAUCAACCAAGAGAAAGAGGUCACUUAAGAUAUGUGGAACAAAAAGCAGGAAUUACUUUUAAACGUGUAGGUGUUCCUUCUACAAUGGAUUUAGUUAAAUCUAAAAGCAUGGAUGCCAUCAGGUCUCUGGCUUCCGUUUCUUAUGCUGCUGUUGAUUUUUUCCGACCAUCAGCUCAGAGACUGAUAGAAGAGAAAGGGGCAGUGGAUGCAUUGGCUGCAGCAUUAGCCCACAUCUCUGGCGCAUCAAGUUUUGAACCACGUUCUUUGAUCACCUCUGAUAAGGGGUUUAUGACCAUGACUCUGGAAAGCCCAGAAGAAAUACAGGAUGUUAGCUGUGCUUGGAAAGAACUUAACAGAAAGCUGAGUAAUAAUGCGGUGUCCCAAAUUACCAGAAUGUGCCUCCUAAAAGGAAAUAUGGGUGUUUGCUUUGAUGUUCCCACAACUGAGUCAGAAAGGUUACAGCAGUACACGUUUAUCACAGACAACUAGAAACACAUGGAAGAAUAAAGUAAAAAAUAACAAGCACUCAUAAUCCUCACCCCCCCAGAGAUAACCGCUAUUAGCAUUUUGAAGCAUUUCCUCCCAUUGUCUGCAUUUUAAAAAAAUUGAAGUAUAAUUGACCUACAAAACUGUGUUAUUUCCAGGUACACAAUAUAGUGAUUCAAUAUUUCUAUAUAUUAUAAAAUGAUCACUAUGAUAAGUCUAGUUACUGUCACUGUUCAAAGAUAUUAAAAUAUAAUUGACUAUGUUCCCCAUGCUGUACAUUUCAUCCUUGUGAUUCAUUUAUUUUGUAACUGGAAGUUUGUACCUCUUGUUCUCUCUUACGUGUUUCACUCAUCCCCCCACCUCCCUCUCCUCUGGCAGCCACCUGUUUGUUCUCUGUAUCUGAGUCUGUUUCUGUUUUGUUCAUAAAACUUAGAAACUUUAGUGAAUGAGCUUUGAAUAUGUUUUUGUUUUCUGGUCUUCAGUUUUGUUCUAGAUACUUUGAACUUAAUGGCUAGGUGGGCUUUAGCUAAUGUAUAUGAAAAGAGUCUCCUAUAUUCACGUGUUUGCUUAUGGUUUCUAUU